CGUUCAGUCACGGAGGGGUGAGGACUGCCGCUCUCGCUCCGCUUCACCUGUGUAUGUGCGCCUCCCCAGUGUUGACCUAGCAACUUGUGGUCGUUUCUAAAUUCUCCCUGACACUUAUACACCUCUGUAGAAGAGAUAAAUGAGCGGUGUUCACGUGUCAGACCACUGUCAGAAUUAAUAACUGUACCAAUAUGCUUCAACCGCGAACAAUAAGUCAGAGAGAAGUAUGGCGAGCACCAGAAUAGCUAGCUUGUGGCCGUUGAUCUAGUGUACAGUAUCUAAGUGACUACAAGCAGGAACGACUAGCGUCCUCGUGUAGGCCAGUGGUGGUGUAGUGACGGGUGUUGAUGUGUGUGUAUGUAUGUGUGUGUGUGUGUGUGUGACCGCGUGGGCCGUGUCCUGGUGACCAACUGACAACACAAGCGUUGGGAACCGCCGUUCUAUGCUCUUUAGUGUCGGGCGGCCCCGUCAACGCUGCCGAUAAUAUCUGGGCCCGUGUGUACCUGUGCAAGUGCCAAGGGUUACUUCAUCUGGCGGAAACUUCUUGCUCUCUGAUCUAUGGGUUACCCCUUACCCAUUGACUACUGAUUUAUGGAAUUACCCUUAUCCAUUGAGUAUUGAUUAAUGGGAUUACUUUGAACCUAUAGACUGCCAUCGAAUAUGGUUAUCUAAAAAUCCAAUUGAUGACUUAAUACUGGUUACUAUUAAUGAAACAAUGGUAUUUGCUGGCAUGAAUCAUACACACCGUUUAUCUGCAGAAACCAACAAAUGAUCAGUGUAUAAUUAAGUCCAGUAUAACCAAGAACAGUCGCUAAAACAAAGAAUCGUAAUAUGACUCUCAUAUGUUUGAUCCGAGUGCAAUUCCAGAGCUUAAAGUGAACCCACGCGAGACUAUGCAUUAUUCAUCAGUAAUCCAGUAAGUGCUAUGAUCGCGGGUGUACACAAAGCCUGAUUACUGACCAACGACAAAAGGAAACAAAAAACAGUGAAUAACCCUCGAAUGUGUUUCUAUAGCUGCUGAGAAACGAACUUGAAGAAAACUGUUGGGUCAUAUUCUGGUUCUUACUUACAGUGUGUGAUGUAAGGAAUGUAUGCCACGGAGUUGUGAGGGGUAGCACCCUCGUGUGAGGGUGUGACGCCCGUGUGAAAGGUAGUACAGUACGCUCGUUUAAGGGGUGCGGCGACCGUGUAAGGGGUAACACGCCUUGUAAGGGGGUGGCACUCCCUCGCGAGGGUUACCACGAAAAGGACCAGUCUGGAGGGGUGCCACUGGAUUCACUCCAGUGUCAGGGUUCCGAUACUCGUGUAAGAGGGAUCAUCCCUCUAUAAGAAGAACCACGCCCGUGUGAGAGGCACAACCAAGAUGACACGGGCGUAGCGGUGACAAAACAUCUCUCUUUAAUGCAAGUCUUCAGCGAGAUCUCCCGCCUCUUCAAGAUGGGGAUCUGUCUGGAUACAGAUCGCAGUGGGUCGCCGCUGGUAGGGGAGGGAAGGAACGGAGAGGCAGAGACGACAGCGGCGACCACCCCAGCUACGACGGCUCCUCCUGGACCCACCAACAUUGCCCCCACCGAGGCCAUCACAGGGGCACCCGUCAUCUUCUUCCUCGGAGGCCCAGGGAGCGGCAAGAUGACGCAUGCACAGAACCUGUCUGACAUCCACGAGGGCUACCGACACAUCAACCUCACCGUAGUCAUCAGCGAGUACAUCAAGGAAAACGAUCUUGGGUCGCCACAGUCCAUCUCUGCCACCAUCGCCCUCGCUCUCCUGGCUCGUGAGAUGCACCUCACGCCACGCAGCCGAGGCUACCUGGUGUCUGGUUACCCGCGCCACAUGGAUGACGUCCACCACUACAAUGAAAAGCUGGGUCGACCCACGGGGGCCAUCUUGCUGGAGUGGGAUCGUGGAACUCUCAUCAGGAACAUCGAGUUGAGAAUGAGAGAAUAUUAUUUGAGUCAAAGCUGCCGACUCAGAAGUGCUAACAGAGUGCUAGGCAACAUCGACGGGGCCAUUCUCCUGGACUGGCGAGAGUCGACGCUGUUGAACAACCUGGAGGCUGGGGCGAGAAUGGGCACCCUCAUGCUUGAUGCUGCCAGGAAAGAACUCUCAGAAUUCCACAGUAAGGUCCUCCCAGUGUGUGAAUACUUCGACAACCAGGGACUCCUCUAUGUGGUGUCUGGCGAGAGGAGUCAAGAGGAGGUCUUCCGGGAUGUCCAGAGAGCUCACGCCAAGAUCAUGAGGCCCCCUCCACUACCACCCCCGUCACGUGCCUCUAUAGGAUCGUACCGAGAGUAUCGUAGUAUGGCAACAUCUAAACAGAAUCAGCCGCUCUCCACCUCAGCCAUUAAUGUAAACUCAGAAGAUGCGACCUACCCUCCCUGCCUCUUCUUCAUGGGGGGUCCUGGCAGCGACAAAUGGCGACUAAUGAGUGGUAUCACCUACUUGUAUCCGGGUUGGGCGUGCCUGGGUGUGGGUCAGAUGCUUCGGGAUAACCUCGCCCGGUGGAAGGAAGACCCUGAGACCUACACUGCCCUGCCCAGCGAGAAAGUCGCCAUGAUACAGAAUCUCAUGCGCAAGGGCGAGUUGAUACCUCAGGACCUGGUGCUGGAACUAGUGAGGAAGAAGCUGGAGGAACUGAAGACUCGAGAGGGAGUUGUAUUGGUUGGCUUCCCGAGGGAUAUUAUUCAAGCUCAGAACUUUGAAGAGAAGUUUCAUCAGAUCCCACCAUUACUCCUGAUUGACUGCUCAGAGCUUGAGCUGGGAAGGAACUUAGGCAGGAGAGAAAACCGAUUAGACGACAACGUCGCGGCGGCCAGACGGCGACUUGCCAUCUACCGCGAGGUGACCCUACCCAUGCUCAAGGCCUUCGACGAAAAGAACAGACUUAAGAUUAUCGACGGUGAUGCAGACUGGGAACAGGUGGAGAGGGAAGUGAAACGAGCAAUCUACGUAGAGACGCAGAACUUGGCUCGCCGUACCCACAGGUCGGCCACUCACACGCCCACGCCCUCUAUGCGGGAAGGGUCCACCCAGCCUGCCAGCCCCUGCUUAGAUGCUGUCACACACACCACCAGAGGCAACCCAGAGGAGGACACGAGUCGGGACCAAUCCAAUGGCCAUGCCCUAGUACCACCGGGCCCUGACCCUGAAAUUGACGAUAAGUCGCUCUCUCACGACUUUAGUGAGGUGGAGGUCUUAGCGACAGCUUCCAAGAAUUUGAUGAAACACGAGGCGGUCUGACACCUGCAGGUGCCCUAUUUAGUUUGCCGAAGAAGGUCUGUGAUAAUACAAUCUUCCAUUAGAAACAAAGUUGACGAUGCAGGAAAUUUCGGCGACACUUCUAUCUGCUUCGGUUCUUUUCAUGUUGAUAAGAAAGACCAAGAUAGAUGGCUGUGUCUCCUUUCACUAUGUCUAUUGUUUUGCUUCUAUGCGUGGGUUUUAUUGUCAUAGUACCGGCACUAACCUUGCUUAUCAGGUGCUGGCUAAAGUGUAUGUCCUUUAGUGAGAACACCUCUUUUUCUGUACAAGUUUUAUGCUACUCCUAAACAUGCUCUUUUAGGGAAUUUAUUCAAGUAUUAAUUUUUCAUGGUGGAUUAGAAUAUCAAUUUAGGAAACACAUCAUUGCUAUGAAUGGUGCUCAAUGAUAUGAUAGCUAGUGUAUAAUACACCUUCAGAACCGAUUCCUUUAGCCGUAUUAUGUGAAGAAUUAUGAUAUCCAAAUAGUCUUAUUUUUGUUAUCUCUUAAGAUACUGUUUUUCAGAAUACGAAAAACAAAUGGUCCAGGUAUAUCAACACUGUAGCAAAAUUCAUCACUUUUAUGGAUACUCUUCAGUUGGUGCCCUGGAGGAUAUACUGUAUAUAGAUCUCAGGUAGCAAUGGUUGGUUUGACAAGUAUGUUUACGUUCAUACUAAAAGCUUCUUGCGCGCAUAAUCUGGUCGUGAAUCAACGUCAUAAACUUUAUCACUUCUAUGCUGCUUAUUCAUUUAUUUUUAUGUAAUGUAGAUUAAAAGUACUGUACAGUAAUGUUUUAUAACAAAGCAUACUUGAAGCACUGUCAGGAAAAUAUCACAAACCAUCUUUAUGCUGCUCUUACUUGACGGUAAGAACAGUAUUUUGGACUCUAUGGUUAGGGGUAAACCUUUUAUUUAAAUGAAAUUACAAACACACAAAAGGUGUAAUAAAAUUACUUCCAUUUGUUUUUAAAAUCUUUGAAAUUAAUGAUAAUAGAAGUGUUCUGGAAAGCCACAGCCAUAUGCAUUUGCAAAUCAGAGUUUGUACCUGUUACUGCUGAUUUUCUACAUAUGUAUAUGUUGAUGAACACAUGACUUUGACUCCAUUGGUGUUCAAAGAAUUUUCAUGAUUUGAUAAAUGAACAGCAAAUAAGUUCAUACUAAAACAAAAUUCAGAUAAUGAUUUUCAUUUACAAUGUUGGAAAGAGUCAAGAACAGAAAAUCCAGGAAUAGAGACUCUUGGCAAAAUCACAUUAUCUAAAAUGACGUAACAACGACCUUCACAGGUCAUACCUGAAAGUAUGUUGUUCCAAAAUAAUACUGUAUUACCUCACUGAAUUGCGGCGAGGUCAUCAUCCUUGUCACUUCUGUAAAUUUAUUUAAUUUAAUAAUUUAUUUAUUAGAAAGAACGGCUGAUACUACAGUGUACAUACUCCAAAGUGGACAUAUACUGUAUGCCUGGAAAAGCGUACUGUUCUUGGAGGGACAUCCUCUUCCGAUAGGAGCAUUCCUUCCUAAAGGAGUUUGAUCGCACCUAUCGAGUAAUGUUGAUGGAGAAAAUUAUCAGUACAAACAGAAGAAAACACUUUUUUUAUCAUUUUUUAAGUUAAUAAAAAUAUUCUUUGGGUUAUGUUAUGCUUUUCAGCAGUGCUGUGUCACGUCAGGAAUGAAUAUUCUCAUCUCUCCAGGAAAGGUCUUCCUCUGUCUCAUUACAAAAAUAGUAUUUGCUCUGGAGUUAAAGUGUUGUGGUUGAUGCGCUAAUAUUAUCACAAAAGCACAUGCUUGAUGAAGAAUAACAUUAUAUACCAGAAGCAACAUAAACUGUCAUGAGCAAUGUGUCCUUCAACGACAUGAAGUGUCUGUGAGGACUUCCUUCUUCUCAUGAGACAAAGGACAGUGGCAACGUGAUGCAAAUUUUUUAUUUUUUUAUACGUGACAUUUUGUCUCGAGAUAUUCUAUCCAGAGUUUAAGAUUAUUAAUCAGGAAAUUUACACUGAAAACAAAUAUUUUUCACAACAGCAAGAGCAGGGGUUGAUCUAAACUGAGUUCCUAUGGGAAUCCUGCAUUGUUUUCGGUAAUACUGUAUGUUUAAGUAUGGACAUAGAACACAUGCCUUUUUUUUAAGUAAAUAUCAGUGAUAGAAAUCCUCUACAUAACCAAAAGUCUCUUGUAAAAUAAUGUUUAUCAAAUUUCUUUCCAUAUUAUUAUUAUAGACUCGACCAUUUGAUGAAAAAUCACUUUGGCUCACUUUAAAUUGAUCUUGGGUUGGUCUCCACAGCAUAUAACUGAUCCUAAUAAAAAAAAUGUCCGAAUUACAUGGAUAAUCCGCUUGUUGAUAUAAGUACAUUGGUCAAGUGAUAUACCCUAUAUUCUUACAUGAAAAAAAAAUAUCCUUAGCAUUAUAUUUAAAGCAAUGAUGGUGUUACUUGUGCCAACUCUGGUUUUAUAUAGUACAGUGUGAACAAUAUGCAUCAAUACUUCUUCAUUUAAGCAUUUUUUGGGUGAUGAUAUUCAUCAUUCAUAUUACACCAAGUAAAUGUAUUUAAAAUUUUGUAUUAAUCUUCAACACAGCAAUGUGUGCAGAAACGUCUCGCUCGUCUUCGAAAAUGAAGCUGCUAAAGUCGCGGGUUGCUGAAUUUUUAACAUAUAACUUGGUACAGUAGAUGAUAGAUAUAAAGUAAUACAAUAUACUGUACCGGGAUUAAUGCUUAAUUUUUAUGGUAUUUUGAAUUAAGUUUAUCGAACAUUUAAGAAAAAUGUUUUGGUGGUUGCCUCUGAUGCUUAAGUUGUUCUUACACUUGGUUUAUUGUAACUUACAAAGCUUUACUUUAAUUCUUUAUAAUUAUCAUCUCUGGAUCUCCAUCAUAAACUAAAGUUUGGAUUAAGUAUUUAAAAGGUUGGGAGUAUCAUAAUUUUAGUUUGGCUAUUUACCAUUAUGUGCAAGUUGCAAAUUAUAUUUUGAGUAAAAUCAGAUGGUUGUUAAAGUCAAUUUUACAAGAAUGUCUACAAGUUUCAUUGUUACCAAAGUCAGAGCUACAGGGCCAGAACAUCACAAAUGUUUCAUGUGGUCAGCAGGAAUGUCUACUUCUGGGAUCUCACAUUUACUUUUAAUCCAGCUGGGCACGCUUAGAGUUACGGUUCUGUGACUUAUGUAUGAUGCGACUCUAGCUAUCGUGUUAGCUUAGUUUUAUUUAUUUUAUAUUUUAUUUAUUUAUUUAUUCUGGUCAGUCAGUCCGACAGCAUUAGUUCCAUUUCUUCAUCUAAACACAUUGACAUCUCCUGACCCUUCCUGUGAUGAUCAUGAAAAACUUAUUAAUUUCCAAACUAUUAACCACAUGAGAAUAAGCCACCUCUCUGUACUGCACAUUAUACACUAUUGAAAAGUACAAUAUUCGGCUAAAAUAACAAGUAGGUUUUGAAACGUUCUUCUCUCUUUGUAAUUUAAGUCAAGGGAAUUGCAAACAUACAGUCAUCAGAGAAUUUAUCUUAUAAUCUACAAUGAAUUCAAUCUCUGCAACUGCUUGGAGGAGAUGUGAUUUCCAUUGCCAAACAUAUACGCUAUAUUAGCGAAGACUUAAUGAAUUACUUCUCUAUGAAGAAAAGCAUUGCAUACAGUAUUACAAUAUGUCAGGGUAUACUGUACUAACUUUAGCCAGCCUGAAAAUUAGGCUUGGUCCACAUGUACAAGUCAUCUUGUCUCUGAAAAUUUGAUAAAUAUUAGGUAUGUUUUAGUUACGAUCAAGGCCAUAAACAUGUCCACAGUUCAGAACACAUUAUAUGUAAAUGUCAAUAUUUUUGUAAAAUGUUAACUGCUGAAUAAAUAUAAUUUAACUUCAAUCUAAACCCAAUAAGACUGUAAACUUUCUCCAGGUAAUGUGUUACUGUCAGGGUAAAGCUUCGAAAAUAUGAUAUCCUGUACAAAUUUGUAUUACACAAACCACCCAAUUAAGCUUUCUAAAUUGUUAAAUAUCAUUACGCCAGAAGCAACAUAAAUACAUUUUCCAGUAACCAAAUUUAAUUUGCACACAGUGGCAUCUUGGCUUCUGAAUUUGCUAAUGAAUGGCAAAUUUAAUACAAAUAUUCUUCUCAUAUUAAUGAUUAGAAAUUAGAGUAAUGAAAUGUGAGCUCAUUUCUGCAAUAUUAACGCAGUUGGAAAAGAAUGACAAAUCAUAGUCAUACAUAUAGCAACACAGGUUUAUAAUAAACCAAAUUAUUGUUAUAAUCAUCAUGAGAAAAUGCUUACGGACACCAUAUUGUCAUGGUAUCUAGGAUGGGGCUGUUGACCUUGUUAGUUAAUUAUUACAACAGACUUAUAAAUAGUGUAGCGAAACAAUCAUCACUAGUAUGAAUCUGUCCAGAAAAAUACUGUGUAAAUUUCACAUUAAGAUAUGACAGGUCUCCAUGUGUCUUGUAAAGAUAAUGUAGACAAAAAUGACCCAUAAAAAUAGAUAUGUAAAAUAUUUUGAGACAUUGUGCAAUACAUAACUUGGUUUAUGUAUGUUAUAGGGGAUGCCAUUUAUAUUUUAACAUCUGUAUUAGGAAAAUUGGUGAAUCUUCAUACCUACUCUGUGGCAGAUGAACUUUGGAGCUGGCAAGGCUUAUAUUACGUCACAUUUAUAGCCUCUAGUGUAACAGGGUGAAGAUUUUUCACAGAGAUGACUUAACGAAUGUAUUGGAUGACCUAUGUAGCAUUGUAGCUCCUUCCUAUGACAAGCUGAUAUGUAUAGCAUAGGUCAUCCAAUAUAGCCAUUAUGAGGCCGAAUCCAGGAAAAAGUCACAAGAAAAAGUCACAGAAAAAAAGGCAGGGAAAAAACCUAACCUAACUUAACCUGACCUAACUUAACCUAACCUACGUGUAAUGCCAUCAUAUAUAUAUAUUUAUAUUGUGUUGUCAAUGUGUACAAGUCAGUGACUUUAUUUCAAUUCACCAUGAGGCCACCACGCUUCGAGGUUGAAAAAUCGUUCAAAAUAACAAAAUUUAACUUUGCAUAGAUAAAAAAUAGAGCAAACUGUUGGCAACACCUCCGCGAAGUAACAGAGUCAUUUGGUGAUUUUUACUGCGUAAAAUACAUAAUUACAAAAAUAAAGGGGAAGGCUUGGCUUUGAUUUCAUCAUCACUAGCUACCAGAGCGCUGGUGUUACCAUAUAUUUAUAUUUAAAUUUAUUAUCUCUUCUCGCAAUUAUUUACGCUUUUUUCUAAUUAUUUGUCCUUUCUCCUAGCUACAUCUGACAUCUCAUUGAGUCAGUAUCAGUUGUUCCCUGCUUAAGUUACACCAGCCAUCUCCACGUGGAUAUUGUGGGAAGGCUUUUGCUACACAUUUUUACAUACCGUGUAGUGUUUGGUGUAUUUUGCGGUGUAUUUUACGUACACUACCAUGUUAAAGAUGCCAAAAAGAGGAAAUAAGGUGAGUGGGAAGCAGGAGCAAUAUCGGUACGUGUAUUUCAGUAAUGUCCCAGUGAUGUUUAUAGUAACCGGUAAAGGCCUAAAUAAUACCAGACAGUACAUGCACACCACUCACAAAGGAGCAUAAAUACAUCAGUAACAAUGCUUUAUAGAUCAUAUUUAAUUAUCAUUCACACUAAAUCAGAAAUGCACAGUACUAAUAGCAUAAUUACAAGAAUAACUUAAACGUGCAUGUUCUCAAAAGUAAGUUUUUUAUUUGGGGAUCAUAAAGACACCACCAAAUUUUGAUAUUUUUUAUGAUUUUUGUUCUUAGAUACUUAGAUACUUCAUUACUUUAUUAAUCUAUUUUUUUUUUUUUGCACAUGUUUCUUUUGACUGGCCAAAGGACUUUUAGUUUAUGGAAUUAAUUUACCAUGACUGUCAGAACACAUAGACCAAUAACCAUAAUGUACAUACGUAUUAUUAAAAAAAAAAAACCCAGGUCAUAGCUCCUAAAUACUGUACCUAAUGACUUUAUGCAUUUUGAAAAGUGGCCAAAUUUCACAGUUUUGAGCUUUAUUAUUUUUAAUGCUUCUAUUUUUCGUGUACUAUAUUAUAUUGAAACUGUGUCAGUAAAUAUUUUGGGUAAAAAAAAAAUCCUAAGUCUAGCUUCAUUUGAAUUUUUUUCUUAAGUCGAAGUGUGGUGGAGGUUUUUAAUAAUGGAUCGAUCCUGAAAUCUCAUUCUAUAGCUGCGGUCUUUUGUUGUAACCGCAGGGAUCUGUUAUAAGACAAAGGAGCAACAGAUCUUUCGUUGUGAGCCACAGAACUUUUGAAUAGUUCCAGGUGCUUUUGUUGAUGGAUAAACUGGUUGUUCACCUAUAGACUUACCUGACACUUAGGCUGGUCUAGAUUAUAAAAUAGAAUUUCGGUUUCAUUUCAUCUUGUCUUCAUUUUAAUGUCAAUGAAUAUUAGCACAAAUAGGACAAUUAUUAGGAAACAGUGGCAUUAAAUAAUUACCAUGUGAAUAAAUUAUCAAAUAAGAUUCACAAAUAUGAACAAAACUCUGAUGAGGUUUGACACUUUGGUCGGCUGAGGGCACGGUGGCCGAAUUUUAUUUUGCCUUCACGUCAUCUCCAGAUGCUAGUAUUAAUGAUAUUUGAAUAGGAAAGUUUCUAUCAGUCUCAGUUUUUAAGUCGAAAUGAGCUGAACUUAAGGGGUUAAAAUAUUACAUUAAAUAUUUAAUGGUAAAUAUUUAAAGUGUAGUCUUAACAUAGGGCAUAUAUAUUACAAGCACUUCUUUCCUCAAAAAUUAUAUUAAGCGUCUUGAAAAUUGAGGAAAAAAUUUGUAAAAUGAGAAGAACUGGUAAUGCCACCUUAUCAUAUACAGUAUGUUUUUAUGUAAAUUAAAAAAAAAAGAUGCAUCUUACAUUUAGUCGUGUUCUUUUUCACAAGAGUCUAGGAGUAAUUAGAAAUGGUGGUAUGAUAUCACAUAGAAAUAUAAUUGCUUUCUAGGUUACUGAGACUCCCCCUGUCCCUGAACUGCACAGCAAAAUAUGGAAAAUUACAAAUUACAUUUGUGACUUAAUAAAUCAGGCUCCAUAUCAACGAAAGUUGGAUAAACAGCAGGGUAUAUAUAAAUAUUAUUAUAUGAUACUACAAAAUAAAUUUUCUAAAAAGAUUUUAUCUAUCUAGGGCAACAAAGCUUGUAGGCGCUAGUGCAGAACGCUAAGCAACAGCUUAGAAUACAGAUUGUAGACGGUGUGAUUUUGUUCACCAUGGAAUAUUUCUACAGCUUCACUUAAUGAUAUUUAUAAAAUGUUUCAAUUUGUUAUGCUACGACAAAUAAAAUAUAACUACACUU